ACCACCGUUCGGAGUGAACUCAGUGUUUGUAAAAAUGCCGCGACACCACGAUAUCGACGAAGACCCAGUUGUUAUGGAACCGGCAGAGUUGGUGGUCUUCAAGCUCGUGCUCCAAUUUCUGAAAACAGUUCUGCUGAAAUGCUGCCAGAAGCUAUCGAUCGCGUUUCUUAGCCUCAUGGAAGGCCUUUCGAUGCGAGGAACGGAACAAGACGAUGUGGCAAACUUCGACCAACUGUCGGCUCAUUGGUGGGAACCGAACGGACAGAUGAAACUGCUGCAUAAACUGAACAAACUACGUGUUCCGAUGGUCGUGGAAGGACUCAUUAAAGCGGGCAAGCUUGAUCGGAAGCAACGUCACACCACGGACCCGCUGAAAGGCUUGACGAUCCUGGAUGUCGGUUGUGGUGGUGGUAUCUACACGGAGGCCCUUGCCAAGCUGGGUGCGUAUAUUGUUGGUAUCGAUCCUGCUAAGCACCUCAUCGAUGUAGCGAAGGCUCACGUAGCGACACAACCGGAUCUCAAGGAUCGUUGCCAUUACGAGGAAGUUUCGAUGGAGGAGCACGCGCCGAAACACGUUGGCAAGUACGAUGUGGUCGUUCUGUCGGAAACGAUCGAGCAUGUAGUGGACAAGAGUUUGCUGCUCAAAAAUGUUGCUACGGUGCUGAAACCGGGUGGUUCCGUGUUCAUCACCACCUGGAACAAGACGACCUGGGCCUGGACGUUGGCCGUUGUCGUGCUCGAGAUCAUCAUGAAGCGGCUACCGAGAGGAUCACAUGACUACGACAAGUUCAUAUCAAUAGACGAUGUCGAAGCGAUGCUGGAAGGAUAUAAUUGCCGCACGAUCGAGCGCCGUCCGUUCUAUCUGAAGUUCUGGGAGGACGAGUGGAUCUGGGUACCGUUUGAGAAAAUGACCUACGCGGUACAUGCGAUCAAGGAAUAAUUACAGCGGAUGAAUCAAUGGAUGGAAUAACGGAAAUACGGCGAUUCUUGUAUGUUGUACACAAAAAAGACGAAUAAAUAAUUAUUAUAAAAUGCA